AUGAGUGCCACUUCACAUGGAUCAACUAUCAAACUUGACCUAGCUUUUCAGUUUGGACAUGAAAAGCCCGAAAUCUCCAUUCACUUUGCGACCUUGGAAGAAGCGGGCUCGUUUGUCAGAUCCACCGCUGAAGAAUGUCCGUGGUUAACCUUAUCUCGGAAACGUGAAACAACGGCUAAAGGCUCAGAGGUUUCCGUGGACCUGGAUCUACAACAUUCUCAGUUCUGUAACAGUGUCGUCGAGAUGACAAGCAAGUAUUUAGUGGAGCAACCUGGAUUUAAGGCAGCAAUUAUAUAA